UACUAGACAUCACCCUCUCUUCACAUUUAAUCUAAAAAUGAUCUCUGGACAGAUCCAAUCAUUUGUUCCAAGGCUGACUGUUGCCCGGAGAAAGGAGGCACUGGAACUGAGAAAGACUAUGAAACCGUUGAUGGAAAAGAGAAGGCGCGCACGUAUCAACCAGAGCCUCAAUCAACUGAAAACUCUUAUACUUCCUUUAACCGGCAAAGAUAAAUCUCGACACUCAAAGCUUGAAAAAGCUGAUAUCCUUGAGAUGACCGUGGGAUUCCUCAGUGAUAUACCCGCUCAAACCAAACGUUCAACUGACAAUUACAAAGAAGGGUACAAAGCAUGUCUCCAGCGCGUAUCCGCUUUACUCCCCAAAACGAACCUGGACAAAGACGCCUGCCAGCGGGUGAACGAGUUUAUUCAGCAGUCCAUGUCUACGUCUGUCACCCCAGCCUGUCAGAACUGUUGCGCCCAGAACUCCAGAGCUGUCCCCCCGAUUCAACAGAGACUCAUGAGCCUCAAAGCCAAUCUUAGUUCCAGAGUUGAGAACCACUCACACAUCAGAGGUCCCCUUGCCAACCGACCACAACCAGUGCCACAAGCUGUCAAUGCUAACAUGUGGAGGCCUUGGUAGAGUGUAGCCAGUCCCUUCCCUAACAAGUCAAUGUGAACCGUAAGAUAUAGCCUACACAUGUUAGAAAACCUCCUGUGUACUAUUCUUCAUCAUAUACAUAGGGAGAAUCAUUGUAUUAUCUUGAUGAACAGUUAGGAUUCGUCGUUAAAUCACGAUAGUUGUUGAGUAUUAUAUACUUAAGUUAUUACGCACUCGUAUUCGUUGUCCUUUAAAAUGACAAGUUUGAAGACGUAUUUCUCGAGAUCUGCAUGUAUGUAAUUUUGUUAUAUUUAAUCCUCUUUUGGGUUAGAUGAUUAAGGGCCAUUGAAAAAACGCCCACGUAAAACCCAAAGGGUUGUAUUUUUGUGAAGAAUUUGCACUGAAGACUUCAGUAUUUCUGGGUUCGUGCAGAUGAAGGACAUGUAAGCACGUUGUGUUA